UUUUGAGAUUAUCAAUCAUGAUCAAUACUCAACUCACAACAACCCACUGUUCAGCAACUACUACACACGCUUCAAUGAGAGAAUACCAUAAUUGAUAUUCUCGCCAAAUCCUCGCGAUAACAAGUCAAUGAGCCAAAGAAAUGGAUCAUCCACAUCCAUCAUCGAAACGGUAGCCGGACUCACGGCCGGAGUCGUCUCAACACUGACUCUGCAUCCGUUAGAUCUAAUAAAGACUCGUCUACAAAUUGAUCGCAUCUCUCGCACCCGCGUCGGCAGCUCUCUACGCAUAUUCAACGAAAUAUACAAGAGAGAAGGUGGACUUCGAGCUCUGUAUCGCGGACUAACGCCCAACAUAAUCGGCAAUUCGGCGAGUUGGAGUCUUUAUUUUUUGUUUUAUGGGAAUAUCAAGGAUGUUCUUGCUCAAGCUCGAGUUAAGCGUGUCGAUGACAGCGACGGCAAGGGACAGAAAUUAAGUGCUUCAGAGUACUUUUUGGCUUCGGGGGCUGCUGGCCUCCUAACUUCAAUCCUCACAAAUCCAAUCUGGGUAAUAAAAACCCGUAUGCUCUCCACCGGCUCCAAAGCUCCCGGUGCAUACCCAUCUUUCAUAGCAGGCGCAACCCAAAUCUUGCGCACAGAAGGUAUCCGGGGAUUCUAUCGAGGACUUGUCCCCGCUCUUUUCGGGGUGAGUCACGGCGCGUUUCAGUUUAUGGCUUAUGAGAAAUUGAAGAGUUAUCGACUUCGAAGUACUACUGCAGGAGAAAAUCAAAAAGGGGAAUUUUCGAAUAUAGAACUCCUUCUUAUAUCGGGUUUAUCAAAGACUUUUGCGGGAUGUAUUACCUACCCGUAUCAGGUACUACGUACCCGAUUACAGUUACAGGCAUAUAAUGCAGAUGCUGCAGAUGCUGCUGCACGCAGCACAAUGACUAGCAGCACUUAUUAUCGCGGUGUAUGGGAUGCGACGAAGCAGAUUUGGGCUCAAGAAGGUCUUUCCGGAUUCUAUAAAGGGUUAGGACCGAGUCUGGUACGUGUCUUGCCUAGUACGUGGGUUGUGUUUUUGGUUUAUGAGAAUACCAAGGCGGCGAUGUACAAGUAUUGAUCAUUUGUACUACUACUAGUUUUGCUAUUUGGAGGUCUGAAUGUACGAUAUGAUGUAUAUAGCACAUGAGCAUUUCCAGUGGAUGUUAGUUCAUCCUAGUAAAGUACAUAUCGAUACAACAUCUCAUCGAUCACUCUUGGAAUACAUCGACAAGGGCUCUCGAUGGUGCACAGCAUGCCCUAAAAGACUUGCAUGCCCCCCAUGGUGCGCAGAAGGCAUAGCAUGAUGCAUAUACCGUUGUUGCUGCUCAUGCAACUCAUCGUCUUCCCCAUCUUCUGCACUGUAAUAAUCACUUGAACCAGCAUCACUGCCACUAGCCGGUAGAUGUUGAUGAUUGCCGUUGCCGUUCCUGUUGGUAGUAGUCGAUCGAGCGCUACGACUAUUGUUUUUGCCAUUGCCAUUGCCAUUUCCAUUGCUGGUGUGUGCACCGUUUUUCGCUUUCGUGCAAGCUAUCUUCCGAUCUUUACCUCGGCCUUUGAUACCCUUGUUGCUAUUCUUGUACAAACUGGCAAAAUAGGUCCACAGUUCUCGAUCAGCCGGCGUCAUGAUUUCAGGAUUCGACAUAUUCGCAAAUCGAGUGGUUAAAUCACGUAAAGUUGUAGCAUGGAAUUUAUUCUGAUGCGACUU